AUGGACUACGAAACCAACGGUGGUGAUCAUACUGCAUCAGCGGGUCAGGAAGCUGCACCAACACACCCAGACAAGCAACAUCAUGAUGCAUAUGCAAACGGGGGAUAUGGAGAUCCGAAUUAUGCACAUCAUGAACAUCACAUAGAUGGCAAUAUGCAUCAAGGAUAUCAUGAUCAACAUGGAGGUCCUGAUGGACCAGCUGAUCAUAAUGGGCCAGUUGAUGGCGGUCACGCCCAUACGGGCGGUGGGCAUGACGUCAAUUCGGGCUACAACGGCCACGAGGCUUAUCAGAAUGACACAGGUAAUCAUGAUGGCGCUCACGGCUGGGGCGAGCAUGGAGAAGGAUACGAUGCGAGUCAAGGAUAUGAUGAACAUCAUGGGUAUGAUAACUAUGGCGGUGGAUAUGAGGAUGGCUAUCAAGGACCUCCUGGCGAUGCUUCCAGAGGAAGAGGCAUGGCACGCCCUCCAUAUCGCGGGAUGCCUCCGGGCCGCGGAGGUGCUGCGCCUCAUCAGCAACAACCGCCACAGCAACAGUCGCAGCAACCACCUGGGCAACAGCAACAAGCACCAGGAGGCCAAUCCCAACAACCAUCAUUCUUCCCACCUCCCUUCAUGCGCGGUAAUUCGAAUCCUCCUGCUCGAGGGUUUGCUCCGCCUUCAUUCCGUGGUACACGAGGAUUUCCGCCUGCACGUGGAGGAGGAACUACGUACCCUCCAUCAUACCGAGGAGGAUAUACGGGUGGUAACUCUUCCUAUCCUGGAGGAUAUCCCAAUUAUGGAUCUCAACAAACAGCAGCCCCCGUUGUUGAUCAGGCGACACGAUUGAAAAAGCUUGCAAACUGUGAAGACGAUGAGGAACUAUGGGUCGAAGCUAAAUCACCAGAAGGAAAGCCGUACUUCUAUCACUGGCAAACACGUGAGACAGUUUGGGAUCGUCCGGAAAAGUCAAAGGUGGUCGGUCAAACUGAACUUGCUGAGUUGAUUCAGAAGGCGACUGAGGAGGAGCAGAAAGAACGUGAAGAGGCACAAAGGAGCGCUACCGCUUAUGCACAGAGAGCACAAGCAGGUUAUAUGCCACCUCCAUUUUUCCCACCGGGAUUCCCUGUGGCGGGAGGACGACAACCGAUGGUUCCUACAAAUCCUGACGAUGCUUGGAAUGAGUAUACAGCUCCAGAUGGCCGUAAAUACUACUACAACUCCAUCACACAAGAGAAUACAUGGGACAAACCACAAGCCUUGAUUGACAAGGAAGCAGGAAAGUCACCCAUGGACACAUCCUCACCUGCUCCACAAGCUGCGCCAGUAGCUGCCGCUACCGCAAAUACGGCUGGAUUGCAACCUGAUGCAAUUGCUGAGGCGCAGGCAAAGGCUCAGGCAGCUUUAGCUCAAUACUUGGCUCAGAGCAAAAAUCUAGCACUACAACACUCGCAGCUGCAGCAGAAGAAAGAAGAGAAGAAAGAUAAUACGCGUCCCAUCAGCAGUACUCCCGUCAGUGGAACUGCAUGGUGUGUGGUAUGGACUGGGGAUGGGAAGGUAUUCUUUUACAAUCCAUCUACGAAGACAUCUGUUUGGGAGAGACCACCUGAAAUGUACGGAAGAGCCGAUGUUGAUGUGCUUGUCAGCAAAUGUCCCGAGGUCAAAAAGGAUGAACCCGAGCAUGCGAAUGCUGAAGGUGAUUCUGAUGGCUCUGAUGAAGAAACUGAAGAUGGCGGACCACCGAAGAAGAAGAGUCGUUCAGAACGCAAAAAGGAAGCUCUGCUAGCUCAGCAGAAAAAGGAUAAGGAAAAGCCUGUUCGUCAAAUGCUAGAGAAACCAAUAGAUCCUGCAGUUCAAGCCGAGCUUCAGGCGCAGCGUGAUCGUGAGAAGAUGCCUCUUGAAGAACGUCUUAUGCAGUUCAAAACUAUGCUUGGAGAAAAAGGUGUGGCUACUGGGAGUACAUUUGAGAAGGAGCUGUCAAAGAUUGUAUUCGAUCCUAGAUAUUUGCUUCUUAGUGCCACUGAAAGAAGAGCGUGCUUCGAUGCUUAUGUUCGCGAGAAGCUAGAACAAGAGCGCGCUGAGAAGAAGCGCCGCAUGAAAGAGGCCAAGGAGAAGUUCCAAGAGCUUCUGAAAGAGGCUGAGCUUCAUGGAAAAUCUUCGUUCUCGUCUUUUGGUUCGAAAUUUGGCAAAGACCCGCGUUUCAAAGCUGUGGAAAAGAUGCGCGAUCGGGAAGAUCUUUUCAACGAGUAUGUAGGUGAACUGCACAAGAAGGAGAAAGAGGAACGCAGAGAAAAGAAGGAAAAAGCAAAGAAGGAGUUUAUGGCUCUCCUUGCUGAGCAGACAAGUUUCACAAGAAAGACGAAAUGGUCUACUGCAAAGAAACUUCUUGAGAAUGAUGAGAGAUAUAAAGCUGUGGAAAGUUCAUCGUCUAGAGAACAGAUGUUCCGCGAUCAUGUGGAGAAAUUAGGGGACGAAAGUUUAUCAGACAUCGAAGAAGAAGCUGAACGCGAGAAACGUCUCGCAGCAGACGCUGCUAUUGCUGCUAGACAGAGAGAGGUGGAAGCUGAACUAGGUGAUAAACUUCGAGAGCGCGACUUAGAGAGUGAACGCCAUCGCAUGCAAGAACAUCAGGAACGCUUCAAUGCCCUCCUCGUUGAUUUGGUGAAAUCAGCGGAAGCUAACUGGCAUGAAACGAGACGUAUUUUACGCAAAGACGAACGUUAUGCUGAAUGUGAUCUACUGGAUAAGGAGAAGAAAGAAAGUGCAUUCAACGAGCAUAUUAGAAACCUCGAAAAGAAGCGAAGGGACGCUUUCUUUGCUGUCCUUGAUGAGCAUCCAAAGAUCACAACACAAACCCGGUGGAAGGAUGCUCGGCGUAUUAUUCAAGAUGAAGAAGAGACGUUUUCGAAAGUUGCCAGCAACAGUGAGAGGAAAGUUGAGCGAGACUAUCGUGACUGGCAAGAGCUGCGGCAUGACAAUGCUGUACGUGAAUUCAAGGAUUUGCUCAAAGAAACGAAAAUUAUCACAUAUAAGAGUAAGCGUAUGAUUGAGGAGAACGAGCAACAUUUGAAAGACAUCCUGGCCGUCCUUGAGAACGAUAAAAGAUGGAUGCGCAUGUCCGAAAAUCACGCAUCAGAACGCGACAGAAUUCUUGAUGAGUACAUAGAAGUCCUGCAUAGGAAAGGAACGCCACCGCCUCCUACACAACAAGAACGUGAAAGGCGAAGAAAGGAAACGGCUUAAAAUUUUUGGAUCACAAUUUUUUGUGUGCAGUAAUGCUGUCUAAUUGCUUUGCUUGCUUAAUUUAACCUCCAUCUUGUUUGUUGGGAUUGUUGUUAGCAUUUCUUUUGAAGUACUUAGUUUUUCGAAUAAUUGAGAAAUAUUCCUUUUUCUGCAAUUUAUGCUGACUUGUUCUGCAUUGCUAGCUAGCCGUGUAUCAUUCGUGCAAAGCUGAAAACAUCUCGUUGCUUGUUGUUCUUCCGUGUUAACAGAAAAUUCCUACCACAUAUACGGUUUUAACGAAAAUCGGACAGCGUUUGUAUUGUCUGGUUUUGUUGUGAAUAUGCGACAUGAAAUAUCAGAUUCAUUAAGCAUAUAUGUCAUCUUCAUUCAUUAUCUUUUAUCAUUAUACUGAAUAGUCUCUUUUGUAAAAUAUAGUGAGAUAUUGACUCAGCUUAUUAGUGUCAAAUGAAAGUUGUUGUUUUCAUGUAUACAAAGUAAAUUGUGA